AUGGCACAUUAUGAGUAUUACAAAAGAGGGGCUAAUUGGCCUACUUCAGUUAAUUCGGUAUACGAAGAUAUUGAACCUUCUUCCAGCUGGAUAGAAGAUACCCAAAACCAUUAUCUUCUUAUUGAUCUCCCUGGGUUCAAAAGGGAGGAAGUGAAGCUUGAAGUUGAUAUAUUUGGUAAUAUAAUGGUAAGUGGAGAAAGGAAGGUAAGAGAACAUAAAUUUAUUCGCUUUCAAAAAUCAACGAAAGCACCUGAAAAGUCGAAAUCUGAGGAUACCAGUGUGAGGCUUGAAGACGGGAUUCUGUAUGUGAUCAUCCCAAAAGAAGUAGCAGAAAACAAUGAACACGACGAGACAGCAAAUGAUAGGUCUGGCCAUGAAGAUGAUCAAGAAAAAGAUACAGAGGAAAUAGAAAGUUCGAAUGGUGAUGUUUCAGAACAAAAAGAAAAUAACAUACAAGGAUUGAGUGAGGAUGAAAAAUUCAAUGAUGCAAAAAUGGAGAAGAAGAGGCACGAGAGAGGUAUAGUGGUAGCAGGAAAAGAAAUUCUAAGGAAGAACAAAUCAAUUGUAAUUACAGCAGUGCUUGCAUUUUCUUUCGGGGUUUUCAUUUCUAAAAAAUCUAAGUCAAAUAAAAUCAAUCAAGCUUCGUGACUGGUA